UAUGAUUACGUGUGUUUAAUGUUACUAAAAUGGCGGCUGCGGAGAAGGAACGUGUUGAAGUCGAGAAGGAAUUCAAUGCAAUAGAUUCUCUAAAAGACACUUUUAAUAAUCUCGAUCGAGACACUCUUGGUCUCUUAGUUGCUUUACUCGUUGGUCUGAUUAGCAUUCUUUUAUUGCUAAUAUUUAUUGGAAAGAGAGGCAAAAAGCAAGGAGUUAUAUUAGCUGGAAUUUGUGAUGCUGGGAAAACACUUAUUUUUACUCAGUUGAUCCAUAAAAGCUUCAAGGAGACUUACACCUCAAUCAAAAGCAAUGCUGGAUCUUUUACCACCCCUAAAAAGAAGAAAACACUACGCAUAUUCGACUUGCCAGGUCACGAGAGGUUACGUACGCAAGCUUUUGAAGAGUAUGGCAAGCUAGCAAGAGCCAUUGUGUUUGUGAUUGACAGCACCACAUACCAGAAGAGUAUCAAGGAUGUUGCUGAGUACUUGUAUACGUUGAUGUGUAAUGCUCUUGCCCUGAAGAUUACUCCAAUCCUGAUUCUUUGCAACAAACAAGAUCAAACUUUUGCUAAAGGUGCAAAAGCUAUAAAAUCCACCCUUGAGAAAGAGAUCAACGUGGUAAGAACAACACAUUCAGCUGCCCUGGGAGGAAGUGACAGUACCUCCGAAAACAACAACACUUUUCUCGGCAAAAGGAACAAGGAUUUUGAAUUCUCUGAUAUUCAUUCACUGAAGAUUGAGUUUGCUGAGUGCACAGCCCUGAGUAAAGAAGAUGUACGUGUUGAGCUCCAGUCUCUGUUGGACUGGUUAGAUAAAAUUGUAUAAGUGACUUUUUUUAAAGAACUGAACAGGAUAAAAACAACAUCAGUAACAUCAUGUGACAGUAUUGUAACCAGAAGAACUGUGUUCAGCACAAGGAUAUAUUGAUGGUUGAGAAAAAAAUUAUCUUCUUCCUUGUUUCUUUUUGAAAAUGAAGACUAAACUAUGUGCAUACAUGAAUAUGAGAGAGAGAGAGAGAGAGAAACAGACAGACAGCCUAUGUUGUUAUUAAAUAAUAAUUAUUACUUAUAA